AUGAUAGCAUAUAGUAAAAGUAAAAGAGAGAAACUUAAGGAAAAGAUUCGUAUUCUAUAAUAUCCUGAGCAAUUCAAGUCAUAGAUCCAUCAUAAUUAUAUAGUUUUGGAUGAAAAGUAUUUGAAUUUAGGUGGUAAUUGUGUUAUACUAAACAUCCAUAAGAUUAUGUAUUAGUAUUUGACAAUCCAGAUCAUGAAGAUUAUAAGUACAAAGAUAAAUGCAUUCAAUUUCAGGAUGUUUUACGUGACUUUGAUAAAGUAAAUAACUUCUUUAAAAAAAGUGUUUUGACGUUGAUACAUCAUUUGAAUCUCCAGAUGAAGAAUUAUUAAGAAUGGCCUUUUUGAAUGUAUUUAAUCGACUUAAAUAACCUCCUCCUGAAUAUAAAGAAAUAGAAAGAGGCUUUUAAACAUCAACAUAAAACAAACAAAAAUUAUUUAUUGUGAAUGAACUUGGAACUUAAGUAAGAAUUAAACCAGAUGAAACUCGUUAAAUGGGAAUGGGAGGUUUCUUGAAAUACAAUCCAUAAACAAAUCAUUGGGAGAGAACAGGAGAAAAGGUUUCUGAUGUUGCCACUCUUUUUAGAAUAUUAUUAUUAUACAAAUUAUCUAUUCAUGCAGGGUAACAUAAUUAUUAUAUUCUAAAUUUAUAGGUUUUUUAUUAGGUAAUUUUUAAGUCUAGAUGGUACUAAGAUUUAUGCAGUAUUAUUUUAAGAAUUACGAAAUCUUAUUAUAGAAGCAUAAAGAACUUAUUUGAAGAAGAGAGUAAGUAUAGCAUUUUGUGAUAUUCUUUCAUUAGAACCAGUAGAUGAUGCGUAUUAAUAUUUGAAUAAUUUAGAUUUCGGCCUUUACGUUUUAAUAAAGUAAUAAGAUCUAAGUUAAAUGGAUCAGAUUUAAUUUUUGAAACUCAUUAAAAAGAAAUUAGAAAACUAUUAAAAAUAAUUGAUUAUAAUAAAUUAGCUAGAGAAUGUAAUUAAUAUCCAUAUGAAAUAUCUGGAGAGAUAUAAUAAUAAAGAAAAUUGACAACUGAUAUUUUAAAUGCUUAUGUGUUUUAUUUGGAAUAUGUUGCAAUUGAAUUAACUAAAGUAAGAAAGAAAUAUAAAGAAAAUGAUUUUGCUUAAAUUCUUACAUCCCAAGAAUUGAAAGAAUUGGUUGCUGAUUUAAAAGAAUAAAGUUUUAAAUCAAAAUCAACAAAAUUUUAUGUGAGAGAUUAAAGUAAAGGAAAUUGGAAAGAUACAAAUAAAAGAAAAAUAAAGGUAUUUUUGAAAAGAAAGAUGGCUUUAGAAAUUGAAUAGAUUUUAUAGAAAGCUAAACAUUAAACAGAUAAAUUAUAUGGUAGAAAAUUAUAGAGUAUUUGGGAUAGAUUAGGUAUGGAACCUUAAGGUCCUUAUAUUGAAUAUUUUUAUCCAAGAAAAAAGUAGAAUUAUAAUAAAUUUAUUUAAUAAGAUUCUAUAUGGACAUAUCAGAUAAUAAAUGAAAAAGGAGAACGGUCAUUAUUCAAUAAAAUGGAAAGAGCAAAAUUAAAUACAUCAAUUUUAAAAUAAUUAGUAAAUUUAGAAUAUUUAAGUUCAUAAGAUUAUAUUAGAGAUCAUCUAAUACCAAAUAGUUAUUUUGAUUUAGAUGGAUAAAAAUACAAAGAUGAACAUUAUUAACCAUUAAAAAAAGCAAAAUAAUAAAAAUAAGAUUUAUUCUUUUCUAUGAAAUUAAUAUAAACAGUUAAAGCUAAAAUCUAAAAGUUUAUAUAAAAAGAUGAAAAUGAUUAAUAAGAUAAAAAAAAAAGGAUUUAAACAGAGGGUGGUUUAAAUGGAGAUAAUUUAUUAAAUUUAUGGGGAUUAUUGGAUGUACCAGUAUAACAUAUUUGUUCAUAUUAUGGAGAGAGAAUAGCAUUGUACUUUAUGUUUUUAUAAUUUUUUGUUUAAGAAUUAUUACCUAUAUCAUAUUUUGGAAUAUUAACAUUUAUAGUCUAAUUACUUUAUGAUGUUGAAGCUUUAGCUAAUAAAGUAUCAAUUAUAUUUUUUACAAUAAUGAUUGUAUUUUGGUCAUCAACAUUUUAAGCUUUAUGGAUUCGUUAAGAAAUGUAAUUUCAAACAAUGUUUGGUUUGGAAGAUGUUGAAUUAAAUUAGAUUGAAUUAAUAGGAUUUGUUGGUAAACCUAAAAGAUCUAUAGCAAAUGAUAAAUUAAAUGAUCUUUAAUAUUCAUCAAAAGAGACUUGGCUUAAAUUCUUUUUUAAUAUGAUAUUGGUAGCAAUAUUUUUAGUGAUUGAGAUUAUUAUUAUAGUUGCAUUAUAAUUGUUAUCCUUAUAUUUAGAAAAGAAUCCAGAUGUUCCUUAUAUUGAAUUUAUUGAAUUAUCUGUCUUUAUUCCAGCUAUAAUUUGGGUUUUUAUUGGAAUUUUAUUAGAUAAUAUUUAUAGACCAGUGGCAUUUUUUUUAACAAAAUGGGAGAAUCAUAAAUAUUUAUCUUAAUUUGAGACAAGUUUUAUUAUAAAAAGUAAUAAUUGAAUAUUUAUAAUAGAUCUUUUAUUUUCUACUGUGAAUCGUUUAGGAUAACCUUUUAUAAUAGCAUUUUUUUAUGAAGAAACUAUAGGUUGUGUAAAUGAGAAUUAUUGUUAUUCACAAUUAUAAAUUUAUAUGAGAGUUGUAUUUAUAAUAGAAUUUGGUAAACAUAUUUUAUUUGGAUUUAUAUUUCCAAUAAUAAAAUAAAUUUAUUAAAGGGCAAGAUAUGGAUUAGUAAGUAUAGUAGAUUUUGGAGAUUCUUUAUAAAAGAAAACACGUAAAAUAUAUAUUUAUAUAUUUUAAUAGCUUAUUAUCAUUUCAAUAAAACUAUUGAAGCAGAAACUUAAAAGGAAUCUUUUACAAUUGAUUAAGUUGAUGGAACAAUAUGGGAAUAUUUAGAAUUAAAUUUAUAAUUUGCUUUAUUAGCUAAUUUUGGAAGUCCUUUUCCUUUAAUUUUCAUAACAGGAUUAGCUAUGAAUUAUUUAGAAUUAUUUUUAGAUAAGUUUAAAUUAAUAUGGUUAACAAAAAGACCAACACCAUAAACAGCAAGAACAAUAGGUCCAUUUGUAUAUUAUAUGAAUUUGAUAUCAUAUAUUUCGAUCUUUAUCAAUAGUGGAUUACUAUCUUAUAGUAAUUAAGAUGUCUUUACUGAGAUUAAUAGUUUUACUUUAUUUGUUAUUUUGAUGAUCUCAUUUUUUUUGUUCAAAUUUGUUACUGAUAUAAUUUAUGGUAACACUGAUAGUUCUGCUGAAUUAGUAAGAAAAAGACAAUAAUUAAUAUAAAAAAAGUUGCAUGUAAGUGUAAGAGGAAAGAAUUAAAUAAGUUCGAAAUUACCAUUUCCAAUAGCUAAGAUAUAUGGAACUCUUUUACCUCAUUAAUUGAAAAAGCAAGAAUGA